AUGGAAGUCUCUGGAGCCUCGCAACCCUCUGUCACCUCGAAAACCCCAUGGAAGCACUAUCAAGAAAUAAUGGCUGCCUACCAAUUUGUGUUUACUUUCCUCUUCUCAGGCCUUUUCUUUUCUCUUCUCGUGAUCUUCCUCCUCUUCACCUCACUCUGGCCAAUCUCUGUUCUCUACCUGGUGUGGCUCUACCUGGACUGGGACACACCUAACAAAGGUGGAAGGUGUUUUCACUGGAUGAAGAACUUGACAAUUUGGAAGCAUCUAAGGGAUUAUUAUCCUAUUAAGCUGGUGAAAACAGCAGAGCUGCCCCCCGACCAGAAUUAUGUGGUGGGCUGUCACCCACAUGGGAUCAUGAGCACCGGGAUUUUCUGUAAUUUCUCCACGGAAGGCAAUGGCUUCUCCAAGCACUUCCCAGGGCUUCGGAUCUGGCAAACUGGACUGAAUAGCCUCUUCUGGUUCCCAGUCUACCGAGACUACCUCAUGAGCUAUGGAAUGUGUCCUGUGAACCGCCAGAGCCUGGACUUUGUCCUGUCCCAGCCCCAGCUUGGGCAGGCCGUGAUCAUUACAAUAGGGGGUGCCCAUGAGGCCCUGUAUUCGAUCCCAGGGCAGCACUGCCUCAUGCUCCGGGACCGCAAAGGCUUUGUGCGCCUGGCGCUGAGGCACAGGGCCUCCCUGCUGCCCGUGUACUCCUUUGGGGAGAAUGAUAUCUUCAGAUUCAAGGCUUUUGCCGAGGGCUCCUGGCAGUAUCGGUGCCAGGUCAUCUUUAAGAAGCUCCUGGGCUUCUCUCCUUGCAUCUUCUGGGGCCGCGGUCUCUUCUUGGCCAACUCCUGGGGGCUGCUGCCCUUUGCUGUGCCCAUAACCACUGUGGUGGGCCGCCCCAUCCCUGUGCCCCGGCACCUCCACCCCACCACUGACGAAGUUGACCACUAUCACGCCGUCUACAUGAAGGCUCUGGAGCAGCUGUUUGAGGAGCACAAGGAAAGCUGUGGCGUCCCUGCUUCUACCCACCUCACUUUCAUCUAG